AUGUCCCAGUUGUUAUUUACCAAUGUAGUAAGUAAUGUAUCAACAGAGACAGUGUCCAAUUAUGCCAAAUUUAAUGACAAUAUUAAAUGCAAUUUACAAGUGCGACAAUUGUAUAAUAUUGAAUAUGAGAUGAAAUCAAUAGAUGAAGUGCUACUGGAUGAAUAUUAUGAUGGUGAUCGUGAUUGGGAACUCGUUGACGGUAAACAAGAAAAAGAAGAGGAGGAGGGAGAUGUUUUGGUAUAUCAAUUUGGUUUUACUUCGAGUUUGCAUUCAAAUUCAUCCAUACUUCAAUUGCGAUAUAAUCAUCAAAACUGUACAAUAUCAUCAUUAACUGAACCAAGAUUCAGAAUAUCACAGUCAGUAUCUGAAAGGAUUAAAAGUCGAAACUUGUCUUUAUUACGAGUUAAUACAAUUUAA